AAAACCUUUCAGUACGUUUCAGUAGUAGUUCUGUAAGAAGCACUCGCUCCCACGUACCUGAACUUCUCUUUCAUCGAAAAAAUGUCAGUCACAUUUGCCGUAAUGGUUAUUCUUUUAAAUUUGACCUCCAUUGUUUUGGGUGACAUUACAACGGCCUCCCGGAAGCUUACAAGCAAUCCGCUAACAGAAAUAAAAACCAACAACAUUAUAUUGGUGGUGGUAGUUGUUUUGCUGUUCUUUGCUUCAAUUGUUGGGGUCUAUUACGUGACCCAUUCCGCCUUCAGUUUUAUAAAAAGUUUGCGCAAAAACAAAAAUGACAGAAUCACCACACGAUAUGGCCAUACACAGAAGACAUGCUGCCAAUAUGUUCCAAUGGUUCAAUCAGAUGACUCGGAUGUUGUGCUGUACGAAGCAGAUCCUCUUCUUCCUUAAAAAAAUUGUUUCAUAAAUCUUCUAACAUGGAAUUAAUUAUAUAGAGUAGGAUGUACUGUAUCUACCCAUUUUUAUUAACACAAUUUGUGAAGACUUCUUGUAAUACAUUUAUUAAGCAAU